AGUGUUUUCUUGGCCAACCUCAAGCAGGGUCUUUUUGGGAAACCAUUGGAGACCAUUCUGAUGAUAACCUUACUGAUUUCACUGGCUGCAUCCCCGGGGUCCGAGCAUAUAAUCAUGACGACCAGGACCUGCCCAGUGAUUAUGGCAAGGGAUUGCUUGAUCGGUCGAUUAGAAUGAUAUCUAAUGUACCUGCAUGGGUUGAUAUUCAUAUGUUCCAGUUUAUCAUACUUAAUAGUGCUGUAUGCGCCGAUAAUCUCAGAGGCUACCGUGAUCUGAGAAUUGAGGAAUUUGGCGGUGAGAAAACCUUCGUCAAUCCCUCUGUUGGGUUUGAUCUCGAUGAUGUGCUCAGGGAUCCAGGUCUGGGUGAGGGGGAUGGGAGCCGGGUGAGCGGGAUCGAGGCGAGCCUCCACAAAGUCGAGGAGGAGAAGGAGGAGAAGAGGGAGGAGAAGGAGGAGGAGGAGGAGGAAGAAGAGGAGGAGGGAGGAGAGCACGCCGACGAUGAGGAGGACGGGGAGGAGGAGGAGGAAGAAGAGGAGGACGAGAAGGAAGACGAGGAGGAAAGGGCCAACGCCAAUGAGGAGGGAGGAAAUCACGACGACGAUGAGGAGGAGGGGGAGGAGGAGGGGAGGAGGGGGAAGAAGAAGAAGGAGAAGACGACAACGAGAAAAGAGCAUGACGACGAUGAGGAGGAGGGGGAGGAGGAGAAGGAGGGGGAGGAGGAAGAAGAAGAAGAAGUAGAAGACGAGGAGGUGGAGGAGGACGAGGAGGACGAGAAGGAGGAAGAAGUGGACGAGGAGGGAGGAGAGCACGGCGACGAUGAGGAGCAACGGGAGGAGGAGGAGGGCGAAGAGGAGGAAGACGCGGAGGAAAGGGCCAAGGCCGACGAGGAGGGAGGAGAGCACGACGACGAUGAGGAGAAGGGGGAGGAGGAGGAGGAAGAGGAGGGAGAUGAGAGGAGGAAGAGGCGGCGGAGGUGGACUGGGGUUAAGGGGGAGGCCGGGCACCACCUGGAGGAGGAGGAGGAGGUUUUCGUCGAAGAAGUUCAAGGCCGGCGACGAUGACUCCAACACCAAAGCAGCGGGGAGGCGGGGCAGUUGUCCAUCAGUGCU